UGUAUCAAUAAUUCAAUUUGGUGGAAUUUUAAAGCACGUAUAUAGCCCUCAAUCGCCGCCAUUAUUCUCUUUCCUCACGGGGCCUUAUUUUCAGGUUCCUCUUAACGGUUUGGCGUGGCGCCUGACCAGAAUUUCAAACCCUCCCAAUGCUGACACGUUGCUUUUCCCCUUCCUUCACGUCAUCACCCGCCAUUUUCUCUGUCCAAUAUCCCUCUCUCUGUCAAACGCACACACAAAAUUGGACGAAAUAUGGGUGAAUUCCCAAAUUUGUUAUCCCCAAUCUGAACCCGGUUCCGAGAUCUUUUUUUCUGCAAAAUUUUUGAUCUGUCCAGAAAAAUUAUCGAGAAAUUUGCAUUGAUUUCUGAUUCUAGUUCUUUUUCUUUUGGGGGAGAGCAUGGAAAGGAAUAAUGAGUUAAUGAAAGAAAACCCACCUGGGAUUUUGUUAAUUAGAAAGAUUAGAAGGAAAGAUUGGAGUUUAAAGACGUAUAAAUACGUUGUUUUAUUGAUUACAUUUAUAGCAUAUACAUCUUAUCAUGCUUCUAGAAAACCUAGUAGUAUUGUUAAGAGUGUUUUACAUCCACACCCGUUUCUCAAUGAAACGGUUACGAAUCCAUGGCCUAUGGGUCCAUUUUUCGUAAAGAGGGAGAUUUUGGGUCGUUUUGAUUUGGGUAAAUCGAACAAGAAAGGUUGGGAACCGUUUAAUGGGGAAGAUGGAACGUCGAAAUUGGGGGAAAUUGAUGUUGCAUUUCUUGCAUGUUAUUCGAUGGGAAUGUAUGUGGCGGGGCAUUUAGGAGAUAGAUUGGACCUUAGGUUGUUUUUAACGACGGGGAUGAUUGGAAGUGGAAUUUUUGUGGGGUUAUUUGGUAUGGGUUAUUUUUGGAAUAUACAUGAAUUUUGGUUUUAUUUGGUUAUGCAAAUGGCUGCGGGGUUGUUUCAGGCUACUGGUUGGCCUUCUGUUGUUGCUGUUAUCGGAAAUUGGUUCGGUAAAAGGAAAAGAGGGUUGAUUAUGGGUAUUUGGAAUGCUCAUACUUCUGUUGGGAAUAUUAGUGGAUCACUUAUGGCUGCUGCUGUUUUGGAACAUGGAUGGGGUUGGUCUUUUAUUGUUCCUGGAGGGUUUAUAUUUCUCGCGGGGAUAAUGGUGUACUUGUUAUUGCCUGCUUAUCCAGAAGAUGUUGGGUUUCCUUGUCCUAAUCGACCGGUUGUUGAGGAUUCGUCUCUGGCUAACGAUGAAGAAGCUCAGACGGUGAAAGAAAAUGUGGCUGAAAAUGGACAGUUUAAUGUCCCUCGGGUUGGUUCGACCAGGACAAGUGUUGGUCUUUUUGAUGCUUUUCUAAUACCAGGAGUAAUUCCAUUUGCACUGUGCCUUUUCUUCUCAAAGUUGGUAGCAUACACAUUUUUGUAUUGGUUGCCGUUUUACCUUAGUCAAACAGCUAUAGGGGGGGAGUAUGUUUCAGUAAAAUCUGCUGGGAAUCUCUCUGCUCUGUUUGAUGUUGGAGGUAUAGUUGGUGGAAUUCUAGCUGGACAUCUAUCGGACAAGCUUGAUGCUCGUGCUACUACCGCAGCCAGCUUCAUGUAUGCAGCUAUACCUUCUAUGCUUCUGUAUUGCAAAUAUGGAGGUGCAUCAAAGUUGAUCAACAUUCUGCUCAUGAUGUUAGCUGGCUUGUUUGUUAAUGGGCCUUAUGCGCUUAUAACAACUGCAGUUUCAGCAGAUUUGGGUACUCACAGCUCUUUGAAAGGGGAUUCACGAGCACUUGCUACAGUUACUGCCAUUAUUGAUGGUACUGGAUCUAUGGGUGCUGCUUUAGGUCCUCUUUUGACGGGCUUUCUUUCAACAAAAGGAUGGGAUGCAGUUUUUAUAAUGCUUGUUAUUGGUGCACUUUGUGCUGGUCUUCUUCUAUCUCGUUUGGUUCUUUUUGAACUUAGUGAGAAGUUCUCUAAACACCCGAUCUGUGGACAACAAAAUAGCGAAGGUUCUGCAUCUGAACCCCUUCUAAGAAACCAAAGAUGAGUGAGUACUGGCUGGGCAUCAUUUUCUCAAGAAACAGAAAGAAAUGGCAGCAGAUACAAGUGCUACCUCCACGUGAGAACAGAACAUAAGCAAAAUCUAUGGUAUGAAAAGGCCAAUGGGAUCUCUGGAACUUGAGAAGCCAUUUUGUCUUCAAAAUUGCCAUUAAAUCUUUCUUUGAUAUGCUUCUGUUUUGGCGAUAUAAGUGCUUUUGUAGCUCGCUGGAGUUGGUGAUGCCUCGAACGGAGUCUCCUUGGUAUGUGUUUAAAUGAAACAAAGGUCCUCUUGAGAUGAUGUAUCAAAGGUUUAACUAGACGUGUGUUAGUUGUGCUAUAGAACAAGUUUAACUAGAAGUGUGUUAGUUGUGCUAUAGAACAAAGUGAGGGUAGAUUAUUAGAUUUAUUGUCACAUCCAAUGAAUAUCCGUUAUUUGUUACUCCACUUAGUUCAUAUUAUCCGUCUUGUAAGGUUUUCGCACAAGUUAUUUUUCAUAAUAAUAUUUGUCUUAUUUCUUCCUAAA